AUGGCUCCCGACAAGUCCAGCAAAAGCCACAGCAGCUGUCCCCUGACGCUCAUGCUCAACGACUGGCGCCGAAAACUUCAGGCCUCCGGUUCCUGGAUACGCCCCGUCCUACCGUACGGCCCUUCCGGAUCAAGCAUAGACCGCCAAGACUCGACCCUCGCCCUGGGCAUCGCCACCACCGCUCUCAGUCAACUGGCGAGGCUACACCAGGGCCCCAGGCUCGUCUACCCGUGGCUGCAUCACUCGUCAGACGGACUGUCGUCGCUGGCAGCUUCGGGGCUUCCUCCGGCGCACGCGGAGCCGAGACUAGUACGGCCCCAGCCGCGACUCGCCACGACGGCCGCGGAGAGCACGAAGUCGUCCAAGCACGACCCGGACAAGCAGAAUGGAGGGAAGCAGAAGACUUUUACGUGCUCCGAGUGCGGCAAGGUGUUCAACGCGCACUACAACCUGACGCGGCACAUGCCGGUGCAUACGGGCGCCCGGCCAUUCGUGUGCAAGGUGUGCGGCAAGGGCUUCCGGCAGGCGAGCACCUUGUGUCGGCACAAGAUCAUCCACACGCAGGAGAAGCCCCACAAGUGCGCCACGUGCGGCAAGGCCUUCAACAGGAGUUCGACGCUGAACACGCACGUGCGCAUUCACGCGGGCUUCAAGCCCUGGGUGUGCGAGUACUGCGGCAAGGGCUUCCACCAGAAGGGCAACUACAAGAACCACCGGCUCACCCACACGGGCGAGAAGGCGUACAAGUGCACCAUCUGCAACAAGGCGUUCCACCAGGUGUACAACCUGACGUUUCACAUGCACACGCACAACGACAAGAAGCCGUACACGUGCAAGGUGUGCGGCAAGGGGUUCUGCAGGAACUUUGACCUCAAGAAGCACUCCAGGAAGCUUCACGAGACCGGCGUGUCCAGCACAGCUCCGCGUCGCCUGUCACCCGACGACGGCCCUCGGCUUCAGCUGCAAGUCGGCCCGUUCGUUGGGCCCUCGGGCAUCCUCGUCGACCCCGCCGCCAUCGCCGGGAUGCUCUGA